UUCUUCUUUAGAAAAACAUUAUUUAGAACAUCAUAAUAGAUCCCUAAAUGAAUAUGACCUACCUCCACUUAUUUCACCCGAUAAUAACUUAAACGAAUUACCAAGAUUAUUAUUAAAUGAACUGAAUAUAUCA